UUUCAGUCAUCACCGUCUGCCGCGCAGUGUAUCUUUGUAAGCAAUGACUCACAUCAGUUUUUGAAACACACACGUUCUCUGAGGGGAAAUGUGGAAAAUCUGGAAGGUCAUCCAGUCUCUACUCCAAAUGCUCGUUCAAACCACUCUGAACAUAGACUUCGAUCACACAUACAUUCAACCACGUCUGGAAAGGAGAAGUUUACAAAUGAUGGGGAAAACUCACAAUAUAAUCAACUUGAGGGGUCUGUGAGCUGCAGGUCAUUAUUCUUCCACCAACAGACAGGUUCUCUCCAAUCCAAAAUGUGUAAUGUUGAUAAUAAUGGAAGAGACUUAAUUCAGCCAUCACUGUUUGAUACAUAUCAUGGUAGGGUUAAUAUUAAACAACUUUUCAUGUGUAAUAACACGAGUCAGGCCUUAAGUAGGAGCUCCAAAGCCAAUAGUUCCCAGAGUAUUUAUGAUGGAGCAAGAAACUGUUCAUGCAAUGACAGUGGAUAUAACAUUGGACAAGACUCUGAUCUUAGGAAACACCAGGCACCUCAAUCUUCAGAUAAGGAUUCUAAAAGUAAUACAUGUAGGAAUAUCUUUUAUCGGGCAUCAGGUCUUUCACUAAAUAAGAGUACACAUACUGGAGAGAAGACUUACAAUCAUAGUGAAUAUGAUGUUUCUAAUCAGUCUUCAGAACUUAUUCAACAGCAGAGUAUUCAGAAUCCACAGAAAAACUACAAGUGUAAGAAAUGUGAGAAAGUCUUUACUAAUGCACUCAAUCUACAUAAACAUAGGGAAAUUCAUACUGGAUGGAACACUUUCAAAUGUACAGAAUGUGACAAAGCGUUUAAUCAGAGUUCAAAACUUAGUCAACAUCAGCGAAUCCAUGUUGGCCAGAAGUCUUAUAAAUGUAAGGAAUGUGGCGAAUGCUUUAGUCAGCACUCAAGUCUUACUUACCAUCAGAGAGUCCAUACCCGGGAGAAGUCUUUUAAAUGUAAGGAUUGUGGCAAAGCCUUUAAACAGUGCUCAUGUCUUCAUAAACAUCAGGUAAUUCAUGCUGGAGAGAAACCUUAUAAAUGUCAAGAAUGUGGAAAAGCUUUCAGUCAAUACACAACUCUUAUUAAACACCAGCAAAUUCAUAGUGACGAGAAGCCUUAUAAAUGUAAGGAUUGUGGCAAAGGCUUUAUACAACGCAGAGGUCUUACUUGCCAUCAGAGAAUUCACACUGGAGAGAAACCAUAUAAAUGUCAAGAAUGUGGAAAAGCUUUCAGUCAAUAUGCAACUCGUAAUAAACACCAGCGAAUUCAUACUGGAGAGAAGCCUUAUAAAUGUAAGGAUUGUGGCAAAGACUUUAGCCAGGGCUCGGGCCUUAUGUACCAUCAGAGAGUUCAUACUGGAGAGAAGCCUUAUAAAUGUAAGGAUUGUGGCAAAGGCUUUAGCCGGCACUCAGGUCUUACUUGCCAUCAGAGAAUUCACACUGGAGAGAAACCUUAUAAAUGUCAAAAAUGUGGAAAAGCUUUCAGUCAAUGCUCUACUCUCACUCAACACCAGCGAAUUCAUACUGGAGAGAAGCCUUAUACAUGUAAGGAUUGUGGCAAAGACUUUAGGCGCCGCGCUGGUCUUACUCGCCAUCAGAGAAUUCACACUGCAGAGAAAACUUAUAAAUGUAAAGAAGUUGCAGCUGAAGGUGAAAGAGCUGUGUGGAUGCCUUUAAAGGUAUUUUCUCAGCCUGAUGCGAGUUUGGGACAUAAUAUCCCCAAAGAAGACGCAGAGCAGGAGGAAGAAGACGAGGAGAUGGCCGCUUCUCAGGUGAACGUCCUGUCCCGGGUCGGGGGCUGUGUCUGCGUUUCCUCCUGA